AUGGCGUUUGCUUCUGUUGUAUCAAACAUUCAGUCACCUUCUGGCCGUGGACCAUUUGUAUACAAGAUAUCGGGACAGAUGUAUCAUUUUCUAGGAUCAGCACAACCAAAUGAAGGUGAUAUUCCAUCCUUUGGGCAACUCUAUUUCUUAGACACAGCUGAUGCCCAAGAAUAUAGAAAUAAUAAUCCAGUAAAUGCAAAGCUUGAUCCUGCAUUAUUUUUGUUACUAGAUUCGAUAUUACGGCAAGUAAGCCCAUUUUCGCAAGCCUUCGAAAUGAUGAGGGAGAUGGAACAAGAGAAACAUGGUGCAGCAAUACAACAAGGUCGUCAACCAAUGGAGGUACAGAUGGUUUUUGAUAAUGAUCGCCGUCUUGAUCAGCGUCAUUACAAUGCAUCACGGGUGAAUGAGGUUGCAGCAAUUUUUGUUGGUUCCAGUGAUAAUAUUUUUCCUUCUCACUCUCUUGCUAUACAUCCACGUGGUGGCCAGCUCAAGACAAUUCCAAUUAUCAAUG